AUGAAUGAGAUUUCAUUAAGUGACGAUGCAAACAAGACAGGAAUGCUUGAUGUUGGCACACAUUGUGGAUUUUGCCAGCAGUUGGAUUUUUUAACGUUCCACUGUAAACAUUGCAAUGGCGAUUUUUGUUCACAACAUAGAUCGAUAAAGGAACAUCAUUGUCCACAUCCUCCCAAAACAGAGACACAGACUGAGGUACCAACAUCAAGAGGGAAUGGGGGAGAUUAUUUGAAAAUUCUGCUACCUGAGGAUAGCGCCACUAGGGUACAGAAGGGUCAUACUCUACAUUCGCCUCAACCUACAGGAAAAGAUAUACUUGGAGCAUCGACGAAGAAUGAAAACGCAUUAUCCAAACUGAUAAAAUUCUUUCAAGCAAAGAAAAAAUUAUCUAAUUAUAACGAGAAGAUCUCAAAAUCUAAGAAUAGGAGUCCUGUGUAUAUGUUGGCUUCAAUUAAGAAAUCUGCGAAAGGUGACAACAAUAUACCUGUUGAUAAAAGAAUGUACAUCAAAUGUUAUGUGAUCGAUGACAAUGUAGAUAAUGAACCUACGGAUAUAUUUAUAAAUAAUACAUGGUCACUUGGAAAGACAUUAGAUUAUCUUGCGAGCUCAUUGGGUGUGAGUAACAACAAUACUAGUUUCAAGACUACGGAUGAAGAACAAUUGUUUCUUUGUAAGAAUAAGAAAGGAGGCAGUGAUUCAUUUGACAUGGAGAGUAUUGAAUGUUUAGAUUUAUCCUUGAGAGUUCAAAAAGCACUUGUUAACCUUGAGGUUGUUUAUUUAGUUCGCGGUCAUAAGUUUAGAUAA